UUUAAUAAUAUCUGUUUAAAAUUCCUACUAUUUAAUUAUUAAAAAUGAAUUCUUGGUUACGCAACUCCUUAACUGAAAUCGCUCGCACGAAUCGCCACACGGACUGCACCUUCACAAUCGAAAUGAAGGGCUGUAGUCGGGUGUUCCCCUGUCAUAAGCUGAUCUUCAGUUGUGCUUCAGAUGUUUUCGAUCGCAUGCUCUUUGGAGGCUAUAAUGAGUCCAGCUCGGGAAUGGUUAAGCUAACCGAUGUACAUCCUGACAUAUUUGAGAAAUUUCGGGACUACGUUUACGGCUAUGAGUACGACAAGCUGAAGAAAUACGACUUCGACACACUUAUACAGCUCUCGGAGUUCGGCAACAAGUACUUGGUUGAGUCCAUCAAGGACGAUUGCCUUCGAGAGAUACUGGAGCGCAAAUACUCUUAUGAUAUCGGAGAACUGCUGCGCCUGUUCCAAUGCGCACACAAUCUGAACGUAACGAAGUUUAUCGAUUGGGUUUCGUGGGAACUCAAGACAAACUCGAAAAGCUUGAUGGGGCAUGCUGGUAUCUAUGAGUUCAAUACGGAUGUAUUCAAAUCGUAUCUGAAGGUCGUCUCGGGCAAGCUCUCGGAGUCUGAGCGUUUCAAUGUGCUGGAAAUGUAUCUUAAAUACCACGGCUUGGACGAUGUCAGUCCAGAGGAGGAAGCAGCUCCUGAAUUUGGAGGGGGUGAUAUCAAGGAAAAUACUUCCUACACCGAACUGUCCACCUCUGACUCAACCGAUGAGGUUGAGGAGCCAGUCGAGCCUAAAUCUGAAGUGCCGGAGCCUGAAAAAAACAUUUGCAGUAAAUAUGUAUUUGAGCUGAUCGCGCUGAUCGACUUCAGCAGGUUUACACCCAAAGAGUUCUACGAUGGUCCUGGCAAAUCAAAUUUUCUCAGCCUGGCCCAGAAAUACGAAUAUCUCUAUAAAAUAGCGCGAAACGCUUCACAGGCCAAGGAAGAAUUGGAACAGAAAUUAGAGCGCAGCCACAGUGUGGAGCCGCAGUCAUGUGUUCCUAUGUUCGCAUCGAGUCAAGGUCAUCCAAAUCAUCAUACAGGACAUCAAGGACAUCUGGCCCCAUCGAAAUGUGAUCGAAUGCGACAUCCACGUCAUCGUUACGAGUGGACCGAUUACGAUCAGUAACUAAGACUUUAGUUCAUAAUUAAGGCAAUGCAAGUAACACGCAGAACUGUGCGAUUUAUUUGAAAAGUCUGAAAUGUUAAUGCCAAAGAUGUCUGUUGCAGCAGAAAAAUAUAGAACGAUUUACAAUUUUGUUGGUUUUAAAUGAAGGAGUUUAAUAAAUUUCUCUGCAAAUUAUUUGUCUGUCUGGACAAUGAAAGUUCAA